GCCGGGACGAGGAGGGCGCUCCCAUUGUUCGGACGGAGUCGCUUGGACGGGGUAGUUAGGCCACCCAAACAUCUCCAGGGAUAUUAGAAAUGGCUACUCCCCAGUCAGUUUUCGUCUUUGCAAUUUGCAUUUUAAUGAUAACAGAAUUAAUCCUAGCCUCAAAAAGCUACUAUGAUAUCUUAGGUGUGCCAAAAUCGGCUUCAGAGAGACAAAUCAAGAAGGCCUUUCACAAAUUAGCCAUGAAGUACCACCCUGACAAAAAUAAGAGCCCUGAUGCUGAAGCAAAAUUCAGAGAGAUUGCAGAAGCAUAUGAAACACUCUCAGAUGCUCAUAGGCGGAAAGAGUAUGAUACAGUUGGACACAGUGCUUUUACUAAUGGCAAAGGACAACAAGGAGGUGGAAGUCCUUUUGAGCAAUCUUUUAACUUCAAUUUUGAUGACUUAUUUAAAGACUUUAAUCUUUUUGGCCAGAACCAAAACACUCGGUCUAAGAAGCAUUUUGAAAAUCACUUCCAGACACGCCAGGAUGGUUCCAAUAGACAAAGGCAUCAUUUCCAAGAGUUUUCUUUUGGAGGUGGAUUGUUUGAUGACAUGUUUGAAGAUAUGGAGAAAAUGUUUUCUUUUAGUGGCUUUGAUACCACCAAUCGACACACAGUACAGACUGAAAAUAGAUUUCAUGGAUCUAGUAAGCACUGCAGGACUGUCACUCAACGAAGAGGAAAUAUGGUUACUACAUACACUGAUUGUUCAGGACAAUAGUUGGUUCUCUUUGUUUCCACUAAGCCCACUUAGUUUAUUCUUUCUCACUAUGUCUGAUGAAAAAACAGUUUUCUGUGAA